GACUAAACAGACUUCAAAAGUAGCAAGUACGUACAAGAAAUGUAGAGACACUUGUUUAUUGGCUGGUGUCUCUGUGCGCAACAAUGGCGACGAAUAGUGCUUCUCUCCUCCAUCUUCCUUCCCCAUCUUUCUUUCCUCUUCUCUCUUCCAAAACCUGUCAUUCCUUACCCUCUCCUCUGUCUCAACAAUAUCCAUAUUCUCAUUCUCUCUACCACAGCACUUUUCCCACUGUUUCUUCCCGCCAAACUCCUCCUCACCGUCUGAUGAGCAUGUAUGGCAAAUGGGUUUUCAAUUCCCUUACUGUAAGGUCCGAAUCCGAACCCAGCAUCAACAGAGAGCCUAUGCUGCCCCCGUACCAUGUUCUGAUUACCGGUCCAACCAAAGAAACAAGGUAUUGUGUCAAGGAUGGAAUUGUUCAUCAACUUCUUAACAAAGAAAACUAUGGGAUUGGGGAGUUCAAGGUUCAAACCUACUUGAUAGGUGAAGAUUUGUGGGGACAUAGUGGAAUCGAUGGAUGAACCUCCAAAACCAAAUGUAGAUUGUUGUGAUGAAGCUGAACUCCAAGCUUGGGAUGAAGAAGAAUGCCUGAUCUGCUCUCCAUGCCAUCCAGGUGCCUUGUGCCUCAGAUGCUUUCUGUGAGUCCAGAGACUUUAAUUCUACCAAAAUUGCUUGGGAUACUUGGGUUAAGACAAGAAAAUAUUGCACAAUAAUUAAGCAGAUUGCCUCUUCAUCUA